AUGUCGAAUUACACACAGCUGACUCCCCAGGACGUCCAGCCACAGGCCACCGUGCUGUGUUGCAACUGUGGUGUGCCCAUGGACGGUUCGACCGGCCUGGUUAUGUGCUACGACUGUAUCAAGCUGACGGUGGAUAUCACCGAGGGAAUCCCUAGAGAGGCAAACGUUUCGUUUUGUCGGAACUGCGAGCGGUUUUUGCAGCCGCCAACUCAGUGGAUCCGUGCCGAGCUCGAGAGUAGAGAGCUAUUGGCUCUGUGUUUGCGCCGACUGAAAGGUCUCAACAAAGUCAGGCUUAUAGAUGCGUCUUUUAUCUGGACCGAACCGCAUUCCCGUAGAAUUCGGGUCAAAUUGACGGUCCAGGGCGAGGCUCUCACCAACACCAUCAUCCAGCAGAGUUUCGAGGUGGAGUACGUGGUUGUUGCUAUGCAAUGUCCCGACUGUGCCAAGUCGUACACGGUCAAUACAUGGCGUGCUGCCGUUCAGAUCAGGCAGAAAGUCCAGCAUAAGAGAACAUUCUUGUACCUGGAACAGCUCAUUCUUAAACACAACGCACACAUGGAUACCAUUUCUAUCAAAGAGUCCAAGGACGGUCUUGAUUUCUAUUAUUCGCAGAGAAACCACGCAGCCAAGAUGAUCGAUUUCCUCAACAGCGUGGUUCCUAUCAAGUCGAAAAAGUCCGAGGAGUUGAUCAGUCAGGACAUUCAUUCGGGCACGUCGCAGUACAAGUUCACGUUUUCCGUGGAGAUCGUGCCGAUUUGUAAAGACGACCUUGUUGUGCUGCCAAAGAAACUCGCCAAGUCCAUGGGUGACCUGGCCCAACUGGUUGUGUGCUCCAAAGUGAGUAACACGGUGCAAUUUAUCGACCCUCUCACCUUGAAGACGGGCGAUUUGUCUUCUUCUGUGUUCUGGCGGUCUCCGUUUGCCACGCUGGCCGACUCGUCGCAGCUGGUCGAGUUCAUCGUGCUGGACGUGGACCCUACCGGGGUCCGCAACGGCAGAUGGCUUCUUGCCGACAUCACGGUGGCCCGUGCGAGCGACAUGGGCGUCAACGACCAGGAGUACUACGUGCGGUCGCAUCUGGGAGGAAUCUUGCACCCUGGAGACUCUGCCAUGGGAUACUUCCUCACCAACUCCAACUUUAAUAACGAUCUUUUCGACACGCUCAACACAGACAGCAUUCCAGACGUGGUACUGGUGAAGAAACACUAUGUGCGGUCGAACAAGCGGAUCAAGAACAGAAACUGGAAACUGAAGAGAAUGGCCAACGAGCACAAAGACCUGGUUGCCAGCGAGAUUGUGGAUUCGAGACAGGCCAGACAGGAGGCCGAGAGAGCCGAGAGAGACUACGAGGUGUUCUUGCAGGAGCUGGAGGAGGAUCAGGAGCUCAGAAAAACCGUCAACUUGUAUAGAGCUGAGGGUGACCGUGGUGACGACGACGAAGACGAUAUGGAGGAAGAGGAUGAUGCGCCAGAGAUCAACAUCGACGAGUUGCUAGACGAGCUGGAUGAAAUGAAUCUUUCCUGA